AUGCCAGGACCAGGCCCCUCAGCUCACCAAGUGCUGGUUUACUCGGGCCCCGGCGUGUCGCCACUCUCGCUCUCCCACACCAUCUUGACACUCAGCCUCAACCUCGUUCCCCACUACACCGUCCAACGAGUCUCGGCUACUCUCCUCGCCGAAGAGCCUUGGGAGCCCAGUUGCGCUCUCCUUGUCAUCCCUGGCGGACGUGACCUUCCGUUUGUCGAAGAGUUGUCAAUCAAAACCAAGGUCACCAAGCGCAUUGCCGAGUACGUCAGCGAAGGCGGACGCUACCUGGGCGUUUGCGCUGGCGCGUACUUUGCUGCCUCGGAGGUGCAGUUUGACAUUGGUGGUCCCAAGCAAGUGACCGGAAAGCGCGAUCUUGCCUUGUUCCCUGGUCCAUGUGCCGGCCCCACGUACCCCGGGUUUGACUAUGGUUCUGAGAAUGGCUCACGCGCCGUUGGUCUCACCCUGGCUGGAGACAAGAGCCUGGAGCUUCUCUACUACAACGGCGGUGGCCACUUUAUCCUCCCUCCCUCGGCUGGCAGCGACGUCAAGGUCCUUGCACAGUACCAAGAACCUCCCACUCCCGAAGCGACUGUUGCUGUGGUACAGAUCGCCAAGGGCAAGGGUAAAGUCCUCCUGUCCGGUGUGCACUUUGAGUACCCUCUCGAGGACCCUCCUGCCCGGGACGCUAUUGCCAAGCUGGAGAACCCGCCCGCACAGGAGGUCAUUGAGGAGGAAGAGAAGAAGAGGACCCAGUGGGUCGCCGAGCUCCUCCGCGGCCUUGGUCUCACGCUUCCCUCCGACCAGGUCGACCCGAGCGGCAACCUGGGCAACAUUGAGGAGGACCACAUUAUCCUCCACCCAACCCACCCAUCGCCCAUCUUUUCGUUUUCGCACCCCAAGCUGCCUCAACUCAGUGCUUCUAUUCUUUCUGCUCCCAACAUACAGGCCAAGCUCGUCAAGGGGCCUGGUGACUGGGAGACGCUGCGCGAUGGUAACGACGUGAUCGAGACUGGUCCCGUCGAGCUCCUGGGCUCGGACAUUCCGGCCGAGCUCAUGAAGCGUAGGCGAACAAAGCCCGAAUUCCCUCCUGUUAUUGAAGAGCUUUCGAUCAGCGACCAAGCUGUCCCACCGCAGCCACCCAACUUCCACGCCUUGACCAAGACGCUCCUUGUCCCCGGUUCUACCCAAUACUCGCCAUCCUGGACCCCGCUGUUCAACAUGGAGACGUACUGGGAGGAGCUCGACGCUGUGCGCAAGCGCCAGGGUCGCCGCACUGGUGUCAUGCGCGCCGACGAGCUGAGCCCCGGCAAGCGUGGCGAGCGAGCUGCUCUUGGUGACCUUGUCCUCUACGCCGAAACCAUCACCUCAACUCAGACAAUGAUCGACCGCAACCCGAUUCUCCUGAACGGUCUCCCGGCGCCCACGGUGUUCACCGCCACCUAUCAGCUCGCCGGCCGCGGCCGUGGCUCCAACAUCUGGUUGUCCCCCACCGGAUGCCUCCAGUACUCGAUCCUCCUCACCCUGCCCCAGUCCAUGGCUUCCAAACUCGUUUUCAUCCAGUACCUUGCUGCGCUUGCGAUCUGUGAGGCCGUGGACGAGGACGGCCGUCUCGGUGUGCGCAUCAAGUGGCCCAACGACGUGUAUGCCAAUAUCGAGGGCGUGGGCGGCACCGAGGUUGGAAGUGGCAAGAAGGGUCUCGCCAAGCUCGCUGGUAUUCUCGUCAACACCAACUUUGUCAAUGGCCAGUGGCGCGUCAUUGUCGGAUGCGGUAUCAACGUCCUCAACGCACUCCCCACGUCGUCCAUUUCCCAGCUUCACGGCCUCCUCACCGAACGUGCCGCUCGUGAAGGCUCCACCCGUGCCCUGCCGCCGCCUCCCACCAUGGAGGGCACGUUUGCGCGCAUCAUGCACGCGUUCGAGACCAAGUGGGAGCAGUUCCUCGAGGACAAGGGCUUUGAGAGCUUCAUGUCCGAGUACCACGGCCGUUGGCUGCACUCUGGCCAAGAAGUCACUCUCACGACCGUUGAGCCCCACCAGCGCCUCCGCAUCAUGUCCAUCACGCCGGACCACGGUCUUCUCCGCUGCAUUCCCAUCUCGACUGCGUCCUCGACCGUGUCAUCGAUGUAUGACCGCGACAUGGACCAAGGUGGCGACGACCGUACCUCGACCUCUUCAUGGGCUCGUCCCUCGGCGCAGCCGCAGUAUGUUGACCUCCAGCCGGACGGUAAUAGCUUUGAUCUCAUGGCUGGCAUGAUCAAGCGUAAAGUUUAG